CUCUCCGAACACUUCUCCGACGCAAAAAAAUGACGAAGUUCAGGAAGCUCGGCCGUCCGGCGGGUCACCGUAUGUCCAUGCUCAGGACUAUGGUUUCUCAGUUAGUGAAGCACGAGCGUAUAGAGACCACUGUCACUAAGGCUAAAGAGGUGCGUCGUCUUGCUGAUAAUAUGGUUCAACUCGGCAAAGAGGGUUCACUAGCUGCGGCAAGGCGAGCAGCUGGUUUUGUGCGAGGAGAUGAUGUCCUUCACAAGAUUUUCACAGAAUUGGCAUAUAGAUACAAAGAUAGAGCUGGUGGAUACACAAGAAUGCUCCGUACCCGCAUACGAGUUGGUGACGCUGCUCCAAUGGCCUAUAUCGAGUUUAUUGACAGAGAGAAUGAGCUUAGGCAAUCGAAACCAGCAACACCUCAACCACCACAACGAGUACCGUUGGACCCAUGGGCAAGAUCUCGACUCACCAGACAGUUCGCUCCACCUAAGGAGGAGAAAACCUCAGAUUCGGAGCUAUAAUGUGGGGAAGAUUACCUCCUCCUAUCUACCAAUUAUCUUGUUUUUGCCUGGAUUGUACUAUCUAUAUAAUUCAUCAUUUUUGCCAUAUGUUUUCUCAGAGGCAAACAAUAAAGUUAGCCUAUCUUUAACUGGUUUUAAAUGUUUUAUAAUGUAAUCUUGAAAGCAACAAGCUAGGAGAGACUUUUCUUUGUCAGCCUACCUAUGAAGUGAACUGUUAGUAAAAAGUUACUCUCUUUUU